CGCCCAAAACUUUUUGCUUCAUUGUUCUCUUCAAUCAUCACAAAAUGGAACAAGUCUUUUUCCUUUCUCUCUUUUGCCUAAUCUGUGGAGCUCUUGCUUCCUCUGGGACUGAGACUUUCUACUCUCUUUCUGCUAAGGACAUUACUGGGAAAAUGAUUGGCUUUGAGAGAUACAGUGGAAAAAUUGUUCUUGUUGUUAAUGUUGCCAGCGAGUGCGGCUAUACAGACUACAAUUAUAUCCAACUCAACCAGCUCCAAUUAAGAUACGGAGAAGAGUCCUUGGCUAUUUUAGCUUUUCCUUGCAAUCAGUUCGGAGCUCAAGAACCAGCGAAAGACUCCGAAAUCAAUUCAAUGAUACGCUACAAGUACAAGCCUCAGUUUCCUCUGUUUUCGAAAGUUAACGUCACUGGAGAGAGUCAAUCUGAAGUUUACCGGUUUCUAAUUAAUUCCACAAAUGGUUUGGAGCCGAAAUGGAAUUUUUGCAAGUAUCUGCUCGAUCGCGACGGACUUGUAGUCCAGUUCUUUGAUCAAGGGAAGACAUUUGAUAAGAUUUACGACUCGAUUGACGGACUUUUGUAUCGAAAAAGACGGGAACUUUGAGGGCGAGGAAGAAGAAGGUUUGAAACUGAUCAUAAUACUCUUAUUAGUAUAAUAAUAAUAAUAGUAACGAUGAUUUUUGUGAUAUUAUGUGUUUUGUGAUUUGUUAUUAUGAUUCAAAGAUCCAAUUUUGAUUCAAAU